AUCCUCACAAAAACCCUAAACCAUUUCGCAGAGCUUCGCAACCGCUCCUCCUCCUCCUCCGUCUCACUCCUCUCCAAAAAAGUGUCAACCUUUCGAUCCCACAGAUCAAAUCAGAGAUGAGAUAUCAGCAAUGGCGAUUGAUGCUUCUCAGAAUCCACCGUGGGUCUCCUUCUUCUCACUAUCAGGUAACCUCCAUUUCGACCAGAUCCAUCUCCUCUCUCCUCCACACACGUUCCAGACCCGGAUCUCCGCCGCAACAAAGCCGAGAUCUUUCUCGCUUACGGUCCCCAAUCACGACUCCUCGAAGCUUCUCCUCCUCCUCCGAGCCUGCGGUUAAAGAGAAGUCCGCUUCCGAAGCGACCGUGAUCGACAUCUUCACCAGACUAACCAGCGAAGACGAGAUCAAGAGAGAGCUGGAGUCUAGCUACAUCGCGCUCACCCAAGAUCUAGCUUUAAAAGUCCUGAGAAAGCUCGAGUCGAACCCCGAUGUCGCUAAAAGGUUCUUCAAGUGGGUCAAAGAGGAGAAUCAUCUCACCUCGAAAAGCUACAACAUGAUGCUUCGUAUCCUCGGCGGGAACGGGCUCGUCGACGAGUUUUGGGGGUUGGUUAGCUCCAUGAACAGGAAAGGUCACGGCUUGUCCGCUAACGUCAGAGAUAAAGUCGGUGACAAGUUUCAGAAAGAUGGGCUUUUGAGUGAUUACGUUAGGCUGAGAAAGCUUUUCCCUUUGGAUCCGUUGGAUGGUUCUCCCGAGAGCGUCUGCGUCAGGGUGUGUAAGGUCGUGGAGAACGGAGAGUGGAGUGAUGACGUGGAGAAGCGGAUAAAGGAUUUGAACGUUGAGUUUGGGAGUGGUUUGGUUAAGAUGAUCUUGGAGAGUCUUGAUGAGGAGCCGAGGAAGGCUUUGUUGUUCUUCAGGUGGGUUGAUGAGUCUGGUCUGUUUAAGCAUGAUGAGAAGACGUAUAACGCUGUGGCUAGGGUUUUGGGGAAAGAGAAGUUUUUGGAUAGGUUUCAGAACGUUGUCGGAGAGAUGAGGAGCGCUGGUUACGAUGUGGAGAUGGAGACUUAUGUUACGGUUUCGAAGAGGUUUUGGCAGAGUAAGUUGGUAAAGGAAGCUGUUGACUUGUUCGAGGUUGCAUUGGAGAGUAGUACUGAUAGUAACAGACCCUCCUCUCACUGCUUGUCUUUGUUGCUCAAGAGAAUUGUCACUGCCGAGGUUAUGGAUGUGGAGUUGUUUAAGAGAGCUGUGGAAGCUUAUACCAAAAACGAUAACAACGUUUUGACGGAUGGUUUGAUGAAGUCUGUGUUGAAGUCUCUGACAAGCGCUGAUAGGGUUGCUGAGAGCAAUGAGGUGUUGAAAGCGAUGAAGAAAGGAGGAUAUCUCCCAAGCAGUGAUCUGCAGAGCGUGAUUGCAUCAGGGAUUGGUCGUAAGGGAAAGAAAGACGAAGGGGAUGAGCUUGUAGACUUUAUGGAAGAAUCCGGGAAGAAACUAGAUGAUAAGGCAAUGGCUUCUCUUGUUGUAGGGUACUGUGAUUCUGGGGAUCUUAAGAAAGCUUCAGCGAGUUUCGAGAGAAUGGUUGGUAAAGAGGGAGUAGUGUCAUCAAAUGCUGAUUAUGCGUUUGAGGAGCUGGUUCAUGCUUACUGCAACAAGAAUCAGGUAAGAGAUGCGUGCAAGCUUUUGUGCGCACAUGUAAAGCAGAAUCAGCUCAAACCUCGUCACAGCACGUACAAGUGUUUGGUGAGGAAUCUGCUGACGAAGAAGGUUGCUAUAGAGGGAGGGUUUGAAGAAGCUUUGAGUCUCUUACCAAUGAUGAAAGAUCAUGGAUUCCCUCCUUUCGUUGACCCUUUCAUGUUCUACUUCUCGAAAACUGGAAAAAGCUCCGAAGCUUACAGUUUUCUGAAGGCUGUAACCUCAUAUCAUUUUCCAUCUAUCUCAGUGGUGACGCGUGUAUUCGAAACUAUGAUGAAGUCUGCAAGGCAUAGUGAGGCACAUGAUCUACUCUCUCUGUGCCCAGACUAUAUCCGUAACGAUCCAGAUGUUCUUGAACUCUUCUACUCCAUGAAACCUAGUGAGUCUGCUGCAGAGGAACCCUUGGCUGCUUCUUCUUAGCUCCAGUUUUAGUUUACAUUCCUUCCAUGUUCUUUUUUUGUAUUGGCCAGAAUUUUUCUCCGGUUCCCUUUUGUUUACAUGUAUCACCCAUUCGCCGGUUUAGUGUCUUCAUCAACCUGGUGUACUGGCAAAAUAAUUACAAGAUACUCUGGUUUCUUUUAUUAUUCAAAUUUUUAUCUUCUUCUCUC